AUGACAAAGGUUGCUGCUGAAAAAGAAGAACCAGGAGUUGUUUAUAAAGUGGCUGGUUCAUUAGUUAUUGCUGAAAAUAUGAGUGGAACUCGUAUGUACGAGUUAGCUAAAGUAGGAUGGAAUAAACUAGUUGGAGAAAUUAUUAGAUUAGAAGGGAAUUAUGCAUAUAUACAAGUUUAUGAAGAUACUUCAGGUUUAUCAGUUGGAGAUCCUGUUAUAAAAACAGGUAAUGCUUUAUCAGUUGAACUAGGUCCUGGUAUUUUAGAUAAUAUUUAUGAUGGUAUUCAAAGACCAUUAGAAAGAAUAGCAAAUGUAUGUGGUGAUGUAUAUAUAUAUAAAGGUAUUGAUAUGACAUCUUUAGAUCAUGAUAAGCAAUGGCAAUUUUAUGCUGAUAAGAAAUUAAAAUUAAAUGAUAUUGUUACUGGUGGUGAUAUUUUUGGAUUUGUUGAUGAAAAUAAAUUAUUUAAAGAACAUAAAAUUAUGGCUCCACCAAAUGCUAAAGGAAGACUUACGUAUAUAGCUCCAGAUGGAUCAUAUACAUUAAAAGAUAAAAUAUUUGAAUUAGAAUAUCAAGGAAAAAAAUAUACAUAUGGUUUAUCUCAUUUAUGGCCAGUUCGUGAUCCUAGACCUGUAUUAGAAAAAGUAACAGGUGAUACAUUAUUAUUAACAGGACAAAGAGUUUUAGAUUCUUUAUUUCCAACAGUUCAAGGUGGUACAUGUGCUAUUCCUGGUGCUUUUGGUUGUGGAAAAACUUGUGUUUCUCAAGCCUUAUCAAAAUAUUCUAAUAGUGAAGUUAUUAUAUAUGUAGGUUGUGGUGAAAGAGGUAAUGAAAUGGCUGAAAUUUUAUCAGACUUUCCUGAACUAACUACUAAAGUAGAUAAUGAAGAUGUAGGUAUUAUGCAAAGAACUUGUUUAGUUGCUAAUACUUCUAAUAUGCCUGUCGCUGCAAGAGAAGCUAGUAUAUAUACUGGAAUUACUUUAUGUGAAUAUUUCCGUGAUAUGGGUUAUAAUGCUACUAUGAUGGCUGAUAGUACAAGUAGAUGGGCAGAAGCCUUAAGAGAAAUCUCAGGACGUUUAGCUGAAAUGCCUGCAGAUAGUGGAUAUCCAGCUUAUUUAGGUGCUAGAUUAGCAUCUUUUUAUGAACGUGCAGGAAAAGUCAAAUGUAUUGGUUCUCCAUCUCGUAUAGGAUCUAUUACAAUUGUUGGUGCUGUUUCUCCACCAGGUGGUGAUUUCUCUGAUCCUGUUACUACAGCAACCAUGUCUAUUGUUCAAGCAUUUUGGGGAUUAGAUAAAAAGCUAGCUCAAAGAAAACAUUUCCCUUCUGUUAAUUGGUCUACAUCCUUUUCAAAGUAUGUCAGACAAUUAGAACAAUACUUUGAUAAUUUUGAUCAAGAUUUUUUAUCCUUAAGACAAAAAAUUAGUGAUAUAUUACAACAAGAAAGUGACCUGAAUGAUAUUGUUCAACUAGUAGGAAAAGAUUCAUUAUCAGAAGACCAAAAAGUUGUUAUGGAAGUAGCCAAAAUUAUUAGAGAAGAUUUCCUUCAACAAAAUGCAUUUAGCGAUUAUGAUUAUAUGUGCCCAUUACAAAAAACUGUUGGAAUGAUGAAAAUUAUUUGCCACUUCUAUGCUCAAUGUUUAAGAACAUUACAAGAAUAUGACUCAAGAGAAAGGAAAAUCGGAUGGGGAUCUAUAUAUAAUACAUUAAGACCAACUAUAAAUAAAAUUACACAUAUGAAAUUUGAAAACCCAAAAAAUUCAGAUGAAUACUUCAAAAAGUAUUUUAAGGCACUUGAAGAAGAAAUAACAGUAGGUUUAAGAAACUUGAUGGAAAAAUGA